AAAAAAAAGGAAAAUAUUAUAUUAAUACGUGGGGGGAGGAAUCCUUGUGCUCUUUAUCGCAAACCUGACGAUACAGGCUCUUAAAGUACUACAUCGUGAUUGUCACUUGAUAGCAUCCGAGGCGCCAAACUUGUCCGCAUCGGCGCUUUCUCCAGACCAAGUAGUAUCAAUGUUGUCUGGCAAUGGUGUGUAAGGAGAACGUGGUAUCAUGGUUUGGGAAUCUGUCCAGUUAUAAACGUAUAGAUGUCAUGUGCACGUUGCUAAAUAUGUGCUUGCCAUUUGAGGUACGAUACCUUGGCACGUGUGUCGAGGAUAUUGGAAAGCGAGAUUACAAUGAUCUACGCGAUACAGAGCAUCAUGCAAACAACGUCUCAGAUCUCUCAGAGCUGACAAACCUUGGUGUCACAGACAAGCGCACAAGAAGAAAACUUGCUCUCUAUAUGGCACUGCUACAUUCUUGCAAUUAUGCAUGCGCAGUGAUCUUAUACAAGAACUUGUCAAACUUUGAUUAUCAAGAGAUCUCCAAUCUUCUCAAUGGGACCACUUUUACACCAGAUGAUCAACCUCUGGAAGAAUUACUCUUAUUAUAUACAAUGGCGUUAAAUCAUCCAGCCUUUACAUAUGAACAGAAGAGUGUCUUUGGUAACAUUUACAUUAAACUUCAGGAGGAAGAGACACGAUUUAAUCUUUCAAAGUCUAUCACUUCUGCCAAACCUGUACAAGGCUGUACACCAUGCAUUAACACAAAUGAUAGAUUAGUGGAUCCUGAAAUGCAAAGUAGUUGUUUGAUGCCGCCACCUCAAAUGCAAACUUAUCAUGGAGAUAUGUCAAUGAGAAAUAAUCCAAUGAUGAGUGGAGUACCACCUGGUAUUUCUAUGCCUCCACCUGGCUUAUGUUUGCCAACACCAGAACAAAUGUCAAUGGGUUCUGGAGGCGCUACGCAAUAUCUUCAUCUUGGCUUUCCAUCGGUUAAUCAUUUACCACCAUGGACAGGUCAGGUUGUGAUGGGAAAUCAACUGAUGUAUCAUACCAGUGACAUGUUGGCUUAUCCACCUUCCCCUUUAGUCAGUCGCCAAUCCUCGCCAUCCCAAUCUCGAUCUCCUAGUCGUAGUAAUUCUCCAAUGGGUCGAAGAAAUAAUGCAAUGCCUCGUACAUCUUCACAAGUCACUCAGUCAACUUCGAAUACGUUAACAUCAACGAGUGCCUGUAACAGUCAGAUGAGUAUAUCUAGUUCCAAUGCCAGUUCCUUCCCUCUAUUUCCUGCACUUGGCACUAGCAGAAGUCUUCCAGCACAAUCACCCUUACUUCCAUCGAGAUCUCUUCCUUUACCUAUUACCAGCACUACAACCUUCUCUAGACAUAACAGCAUAGACAACAAUCCUUGCACAUUAAUCCCAGCGACACAAUCAAAGCAACCACCACCACCUCCACCACGAUUAAGAUCUUCAACCUCUGGAGAUUCUUUAAGGGAGGCAUUGGGCAAAGAAAUGCCAAACUUCAAAGGAAACCUACAAGAUAUUUCUCUUGAUCAGAUGCGGAGAAUGAGUGACGAAGAUUUAAGGGAAAUUGGAUUAACUCCAAAUGCUGUAGGACAAUUAAGAAGUAUAAUUAAAAGUCAAACCACUAAUGGAUUGAAUCAAAUUACUGCAGAUAAGAAGCUAGACAAUACUAAUAAUUCAGGAAAUACGAUGGGUGAUUCUAUGGAAAAUGAGGGUAUGCCAGGUGUUGAUAUUUUAAAUGAUGGUGGAAAUCAAGGUCCCAAAUCCAUGUUGAUGCAGGAACAACAUCCAGCGAUGCAUCAUCAUCAUAAUCACGCUGCUGCUCAUAAUUUAAGACGUUAUCCCACUAUGCCGCCAUUGGAUCCUACGCAAAUUCAAAUGUAUCCUGCCCCUGCUCCAGUAUACACAGCUCAAAAUGCACCGUGUUAUGCCUGUCUCACUGUACCUGUUGCUGGUGUGCAAAAUCGAUAUUCAAGAUGCAACGCCCAACACGUUUAUUGUUUAGCCCAGCUGCAAGCUUUGAGAUUGGACCAUGAAAGCAGUCGGCAUUGUUCACAGAGCAGUAGCUCCGAUAGUUCCGGUAGUAGAUCACCACCUGAAACACCUCCAGCAGCUCCAUGGGUCGGAGGAAAUGAUAGUAAUACGGCACCAGUUACAGAUCAUCUCGGUUCUGUUCCUAUGCAUUCUACAGGUGCUACAUCUCAUCCGACACCUCAACAACAACAGCAGCAACAACAACAACAACAACAACAACAACAACAACAGCAACAGCAACAGCAGCAACAACAACAACAACAGCAACAGAUGCAACCACCGGAAAGACAACGCAGUAGGAAGAAUCAGGGACAUCAAAUGCGUCAUAAAAAUCAAAUGGUGAACGGUGGUGGACCGCCAAGUUUACCUCAUUGCGUCUCAUUUCCAACACCACCUCCGCAUUCACAAGUCACGUAUCUACCCCAUGGACACUUCUCUGCCUUGAGGCCAAGUAGUGGUAUCUACUCUAACUACUCGCAUGGUCCUUAUGCAAGGCCAGCUUACCCAAGCACAUACCAGCCAAAUAGCGAAUUGAUGUAUCAGUAUCCUGGACAUCCAGCUUCAGGUGGAACCCCACCACCUCCACCCAAUGCUGCGGGAACACCUGCACCUUAUAUGCCACCGACGCCCGUUGUCACAUACGCACCAGCUGCUGUUCAACCAACUAAAGUAUCCUGCUAUAAUUGUGGUAGCAGUAAUCAUAUGGCGAUAGAUUGUAAAGAUCAGACUAUGGAGGACCUUACAAAGAAAGCCCAAUAUCGAUUAGAUUAUACGAUAAUGAAACAGCCAGGGGAUUGUUCGAAUUCUGACAAGUGAUCCCCUGCCAUGGACCAUCCUACUAUAUUUCAUCUUAAUCAUCAAUUAUACCAUAGCGAAUAUCGGAGACGUCAUUAUUACCAUCAUUGUCAUUAUUACAAUGAUCCUGCUUCUACGAGCCAGCAUAAGGAUCGAUUAAAUGACGAUUGCUGCAACUAUUCUCCAUUCAAGUUUUCAGUGAUUUUUCUAGACAUCCUCUGUAUCGAAGCCGACGAAUUUUUAACCAAGGACAUUUCGCGAUUCACGGUACCAGGUAUACUCUUUACAAGUUCUUAUUUAUGAUAGUGAUUAUUCUUAAGAAAAAAAAAAAUAAAAUAAAAAUACAAAAAAACAAAAAUACAAAAAAACAAAACAAACAAAUAAAUGUGCGAUUGUAAAAAAAAAAAAAAAAAAAAAAAAAAAAAUGAGAAAAAAACGUAUGUAGAGCGUGUACAAAAGGAAAGGAAAUGAAAAAGGAAAAAAAAGAAGCAUAAUGCAAAAAAUGCCAUAUUCUUAUCUGUGUUGUUAUAGGAUACGUUUUCAGAUGUUUUGUGUUAGGUAUUGAGUCGAGUAUUUCCAGCCGUACCUAUCAGCUACUUAUACCCUUAACUUACCUAUCUCUCCUCCCUUUUUCUCUAGUGACUAGUGAUAAGCGAUACGCAAUGGAAAGGACACAAAAAAAAAAUGCAUUGUACUCUGAUUAGGUAAAACUAUCACGUUUGACUCUA